GCGUUUUUCUUCGCCGGCGAGGGAUCAAGAAAGCAUGACGGACGAGCGAGAAAUCAAGAAACGCAAUUCCGGCGAUUCUACACCGGAAUCAACAGUCGGAGUUCAACACAGCCACGGCGCACUUAGAGAGCAUGGUUCCCUGACUCUUUACAUCCGCCGCCGGUUGCCGCCACUUGGGGAGAAUCUGUUCCAAGUGGUGGUGGAACCCACAUGCGAGCUGCCCAAGUCUGGACUUCAUGACGGCGACCAACUGGUGGAAAGAAUUAAUGAAGCUCUAAAUGCCUUCCAUCCAUUUGACCUUUACGAAAGAGAGCACUUGCUCGAAUGGAACUUCUUGACAGGGGAACUUCAAGAAAUGGAUGAUGAAGAGCUUGAUUUCCAAGAAGUAUUGAGGAAACUUGCAAUUGUGGUGUACAGGGUCGUCCCUGUUUUCUGAGAAAGCUGUUUGAUUCUUCAAUUGAUCUCCGAUCCUCAAGAUAAAUCUUGCGUGUCACCCUUAUGUUACUUUCUUUAUACUCCGUAUAUUAUUAGUUGAAACUUAUUAUUUAAUUUUUUAUUCAAUCUAAGAUUUUUAUGAAUACUUUUAUUACUCCCUCCGUCCUAGAGUAUUUGUCCACUUUCGUUUUUGCACACCAUCUAAUGCACUUCUUUAAUCCAUUUUAUCUUGUAAUUUGUAUAUUAAAAAAUUAUAGAAAUUAUAUAUUAAUAAUCUAUAUGUUAAGACAAAUCAAACAAGAUCACACAUGACUAUAUUUAGGCUUACACAUUG